GCAAGUGGGCGGCAGCAAUCAGAGUCCGGACCUGGGUUCGAAUUCACCCCCGGCCCGUGAAGGCCACGGGGAGUAACCUUGCGCCAGUGACUGCUUCGGCCUCGCCUACCUCGCAGGGGGAGAACCAGGCUGAGCUCCUUGGACCAGAAGCGGGGCAAGAAAUGCCACGCCCUCCAGGAAGGGAGCCGAGGGGCGCUGCGCCUCCCCAGGGUCCAGUGACGGCAGGCGCCGCCAGGUGGCGCUCGUCUUCGCCGCCGGAGAAGGCGGGGGGGGCCGCUCUGGCGCGGCGAGUCUCUGUCGUCCGGCCGGGAAGGGGCGGGGCCUGUGGCCGGAAGCGGCUGUCGGGAGGGCGCGGCGGGAUGCGGCCCCCGGGGGGCGGCGCGGGGUCGGCGGCGCUGGCGGCGGGGCUGGUGCUGCUCUACUACGCCUUCUCCAUCGGCAUCACCUUCUACAACAAGUGGCUCAUGAAGAGCUUCGGCUUCCCGCUCUUCAUGACGCUGCUGCACCUGCUGGUCAUCUUCGCGCUCUCGGGCCUGGCGCGCCGCUGCGCCCGGAGACCCGCCCGGCCGCUGCUGCCCUGGGCCGCCUACCUGCGCCAGGUGGGCCCCGCAGCUCUGUCAACGGCCCUGGACGUGGGGCUCAGCAACUGGAGCUUCCUCUACAUCACCGUCUCGCUCUACACCAUGACCAAGUCCUCGGCUGUCCUCUUCAUCUUGUUCUUCUCUCUGGUCUUCAAGCUGGAGGAGCCGAGGGCGGCGCUGGUGCUGGUGGUGCUGCUCAUUGCGGGGGGGCUCUUCCUCUUCACCUACAAGGCGACGCAGUUUGACAUGGAGGGCUUUGCCAUGGUGCUGGGCGCCUCCUUCCUGGGCGGAAUCCGCUGGACGCUGACACAGAUACUUCUGCAGAAGGACGAGCUGGGACUCCAGAAUCCCAUAGACACCAUGUUCCACCUGCAGCCAGCCAUGUUCCUGGGCCUCGUCCCCCUCUUCGCUGCAUUUGAGGGCCUGCCCUUGUCUGCGUCAGAGAAGCUCUUCCGUUUCCACGAAGUGGACCGUCUGCUGGGCCUCUUGGGCAAGCUGGCCCUGGGGGGGCUGCUGGCCUUUGGGCUGGGCUUCUCCGAGUUCCUCCUGGUGUCGAAAACCUCCAGCCUCACCUUGUCCAUCUCUGGCAUUUUCAAGGAGGUCUGCACUCUUCUGCUGGCCACACACCUCAUGGGAGACCGCCUGAGCCUCUUGAACUGGCUGGGCUUUGUCGUCUGCCUCCUGGGGCUCUCUCUCCACGUUGCGCUGAAGGCUCUCAGUGCCACAGGGCAAAAGGGCGCCAGGCAGCCCAAGGAGUCUUGCUCCAGUCCGGACUUGGAGUUGCUGCUGCUCCACCACCAGGAGGAAGAGGACCCUGCGGGAUUCCCCCAGCGCUGAAACACGCCAGCAGCUCAGCCAAGAGAGCCCAAGGCAGGGGGAGCCUGCCACCCCGGAGGGCUUCAAAUGGGGGGGGGCUCGGGACCCCUCAGAAGGGAAGAGGCUGAAGCACUUGGGCCCUGGUGUUAUGGACAGAUCUCGGGGGUGGGGGAGCCUCAGGAAGCUGGGCGGGUGCAGGUGCUGCGUUGGGUCUCCGUGGCUCAGAGAGGGAGCUUGGGGGAGGCUGUAAAGUGCGACUGACGGUGCCAUCCUGUGGGCCUUCAUGGAUGGCGACAUUGGGUGCCUCCUUUCUGCGCCCAUCUUUGUGCCCUCUGGCCUGCGUGCCCCUCGGGGUCGGAGGCAGUGCCACGUGAAUGUGUUAAGAAGCGAAAAGGCUGUGGGGGUUGGAGGACCAGCUGGCGCUUGGGGAGACCAAAGUGUUGGGACCAAAGUGGGCUGAGGCCAGAGAGCAGCCGAGAGGCUCUGGCUUUCUGCUUCUGGGUUUGCAGCAGUCCCUGGAGUUUGGAGGGGUGGGCAUCACGGUGGUCUCAGAACUAGGCACUUCUGAGAUGGUACUCAGAGCUCCAGCUACUGAGGGAAGCAGUAGAAACCCGCCACGAACUUGGGCAGGGUGUGGGCAGAGAGAGAGUUGGGCAUAGGACCAGAAGGUAGCCUUGCGGAAAGCAGGCUGGGAGCUGGAGUCCUGAAUGCAGAAUGCCUGGACCAGUCAGGCUGCCUGGGUGAAGAGGAGCCCUCGCUGCUCACCUCUGCGCUUGGCGUGAGGCUCCCUUACUGCUGACAUCUUGAGGACAUGGGAGGCCGGUUUGGGAGUUUCCACUGCCCAUCUCUGGGCUCUGGAGAGUAGCAUUUCAGUCUCCUGAACCCUCUUCACCCUUGCUUGGAAGUAAGUCCCAUGGAAGUCAUCCGGAUUUGCAAGCAAGCAUGUCUCGGAUCGCAGCCUUGGGGAAGAAUGUGGCAGCCGCCUUGCCAGUUCCCCUCACCCCCAGCUGUGGCUGCUCAGAAUGGCCCUGGGCAGCUUGCCAGAAGGACACAGGGUGGUGCUGGCAGCCGCUAUCACCAUUCAGAGGUGUGCAUGGUAUUCUGAAAUGCAGCUGUGCCAUCCAUUCAGAUGUAAUGGUGGUGCUUGUGGUUUUAGUUGGACCAAAGCGGGUCCAUCCAGCCCGGCCUCUGGCCUCCCAGAGUGGCCGGUCAGAUGCCCCCAAGGGAGACCCCCAAGGAGGACUGAGUGUGGCAGCAGGGCUCUCCCCACCCUGAUUUCUGGAGGCGGCAUGGAGUCGCGCUCUGUCCAGUCGCCACUUGCAGCCACUCUGCCUCUGUGACUCUGUCCCCGGCUAAAGCCAGCUGAGCUGGUGGCCAUCACUGCCUCUCCUGGGAGCAAAUCCCAGAGUUUAACUCUUCACCGUGUGAAGAAGGGCCUCCUUCUCUCCCCAUCCCAAAUCUCCCUCUUCCUUGGUGACCCUCCUUGGGUUCUAGUAGCAGGAGAGGGAGGAAAACCUUGCUCAUUUUGCCCAGUUUCACCCAUCAUGUUUCCAUUUUCUAACCUCAGCCUGUUGCAACCUUUCCUCAAAGGGCAGCUGCUCCAGCCCUUUAAUCUGGGGGGGGGGGGGGAGCUGUUGGUUGGUUGCUUUUUCACCCUUGAACAUUUUGCCCUCCGUUUUCUAGAGAUUUUUCUAGCUCUGUUGUGCUUCUUCUGGAGACGAAGUGAGCAGAACCAGACUGUAUCCCAUAUUUAGCCACCAUAAAUUUUCAUAAGGAAAAUGAGAUGACCCGACUACCCUUAUGGAAAUCUAUGACAGGAUCACACUUGGAAUCCUGUAGGCGGCUUUGCUUUUGAUCCCUAAUGUUGGAUUUGACACAUUCACAGCUGCUGCACAUUCACUUGACAUUUCCAGCUCCCCACUGCAGCCCCAAGAUCCCUUUCCUCACCCGUCACUCGGAGGAUGUACAAUCACAUUGAACCACAUUUGCCUUUUGUCACCUGGCUGGCUUGGUGGCAGGAGGGGAACCCUGGGGGUCCCUUGGCUGUCCAUUUCCCCCCACCAUUCUCAAUAAUGUGGUGUUGUCCACAAACUGGACCAGCUCUCUGCUGAUCCUUUGCUUUGGAUCCUUUAUGAUCAAGUUAAAAAUCGUGAUAAAAAAAAUCCUUCCAGAAACAAAAGCUCAUACCAGUAACCAACUUGGUUGGUCUCUAAGGUGCUACAGGAAGGAGUUUUUUUAUUUUGUUUUGACUACGGCAGACCAACACGGCUACCUACCUGUCAUUAAAAAUCAUGGUUCCCUGCAUGGAGCCUCUCUUAUAAUAAUAAUAAUAAAUUUUAUUUAUUUCCUGCCUUGCAGGAAUGCAAGGAUGUUCAUUCCUCCUCGCUGCUUCCUGUUCAAGCAGUUGCCCUUCCAGGAGAGGGCCUGUCCUUUCCUUCCAUGGCUGCUGAAUAUGCCUCAUAUCUUGGGAACAUUUGGUGGGAAGUGGAGUUUCUGCAAGAGAGGAGAGUUGCCUCUUUGCUGAGCUUGUUAAGAUUCUUGAAUUCCCCACUGGUGUUAAGUGAGUGACCUUCAUUCCGCGGCUGAGGAGGGUCAGGGUCAGGCCUGGCUGGCCCUUGCCUGCCUGAUGCCCUGAGCAAAAGGCUUUGUCCUCCUCGGCCCAUUGUCUGCCUGGCCUUUGAUUUGCAGGGACAAUUUGCUCUUGUCUUGCUCCUCGCCUGCUCUAAGCCCCCGUGAACUGAACUGCCUUCUUGCCUGCCCUUUUCCUAAUUUGCGGUCAGUGCUCUUACUUUGAGAUGCAACUACAACUGCCCUUCAAGACAAGGCACGUGGGCAAUUGUGUUUAGUUGAAGAGCAGCCGUGGCAGAGAUGCAGAGAAUCCCCAAAGCUGCCAGGGAGAAUCCCAAGAGCAGAAUAUUCUGGCGGGGGGAGCCUGAAAUGUACAUUCCACAAAAAUGCACAGCUGCUUUCAAGCAUCCAAAGACACCCUAUAAACUUCUUAACAAAGGAA